AGAGGUGUGCAUGCAGAACCCCAGACAAAUAAAGUUGCUGUACUGAAUUUGUCUUUAUUUUUGAUCAGUCGCUCAGCAGGACUGUAAGGAUGGCAGACGAAGAAGUCAGCUAUGCCUCAGUCACAUUCUAUACCAAGAAACUAUCCCGAUUACAAGUUAAAAAAGAGGAGGAAACCAUUUAUGAUGACGUGAAAGUGAAACAUAAAGCAACGGAACAAACUCCUGACACAAAGGAAUUCUCGAUUGAUGAGAGAUCAGGCAGUAGACGUCAUCACUAUCAGCAGUUGGCCUGUUGUUUGGGCACAUUUUGUGUCAUUUUGGUGUUGGGCAUCAUAGCAGUCACAGUAUACCAAAAACAGCUGUUGAACUUGACUGCAGAAAACCAGAACCUUAGAGACAAAAAUGAGGAGCUGGAGACAGAGAAGAAAAAUCUAACAGACCAAAUACAAGACAUGACGACGUCAUGGAAUGAGUUCAAUGUUAGUCGAGCUCAGUGGAGCAUUGAUGCCUACUGUCCCAAGGACAAGAACAAUAAAAAAGACAGAGAGUGUAAAGCUUGUCAGGAGGGAUGGGAUCAUGUUGAGCCCAGCUGCUAUGCAACUAAUAAUGCUGACCAGAGUAAAUGGAAAACCUGGGAAGAAGCUCGAGAAAACUGCAGAGGAAAGUUUUCCGAUUUGGUUGUUGUGAUUAAUGAAGGAGAAAAGAAAACUGUCAGUGAAAAGAGUUGGAAUAGUUAUGAAAACAAAGGAUACUGGAUUGGUCUGAGAGUUGAAGAUGGGAAAUGGAAGUGGCUGGAUGGAAGAGAUGUGGCUAAUAGCUCCUGGAUCGACCAGCCUCCUGAUGGUCACUGCAAUCUCUGUCCAAAACCAAGGAUUUAAAUCAGUGAGCUGUAAUGAGAAGAACCGAUGGAUCUGCAAAAAGAAAGCUGUAAUUGUUUGAAUACUGCAGUAAAAAUAUCAUGACUAGUGGCUAUUCUAAAUACAUAAAAUCAAUGAUAUUACUAUUAAUGAAAUCUUUAAAUAGAAUAAAAAAAAAU